UCAUAAAGAGAGUUGAAGAUAUAAUAUAUUAUUGAAUAUGGCAACAAUAACCAAAAUCUUGUAUUUAAUUUGUUUUCUUUUCCUUUCAAUUGCAUUUCUUGCAAGAUCUGCAGAAGUUGAUGAUGAGCGUGAAUUUAGUUACGGUGAAAAAAGUGAAAAUGGACCAGCUAAUUGGGGCAAGAUUCAUCCAGAAUGGAGAACAUGCAACACUGGGAAAUUGCAAUCACCAAUUGAUCUUCUUAACAAAAGGGUUGAAGUUGUAUCUGAUUUAGGAAUACUUAAAAAAUACUAUAAACCAUCCAAUGCCACUCUUUUGAACAGAGGCCAUGAUAUGAUGUUGAGAUGGGAAGGUAGUGCAGGAUACUUGAAGAUAAAUGGGACACAAUAUCAACUCAAACAAGUUCAUUGGCACACACCUUCUGAACAUACAAUUGAUGGAAAAAGGUUUAGUUUGGAGGCACAUUUGGUACAUGAAAGCAAUGAUGGAAAGACUGCUGUUAUUGGAAUCAUUUACAAGAUUGGACGGCCUGAUUCUUUCUUAUCCAUGAUAGAGACGGAUUUGAAAGCUCUUGCUAGUGCGAAAGGUGUAGAGAAAGCCAUUGGAACAAUUAAUCCAAAGCAAAUAAAAUUGGAUGGCAAAAAAUAUUAUAGAUAUAUUGGGUCCCUAACUACUCCACCUUGCACUGAAGAUGUUGUCUGGACUAUUGAUAGAAAGGUGAAAACUGUGACCAAAAGACAAAUGAAACUGAUCCGAGAUGCUGUUCAUGAUGAAUCUGAAACAAAUGCCAGACCAGCACAGCCAUUGAACAAACGUCCUAUUAAAUUUUACAAACCAGAAGAAAAAAUGUGAAAGCACACCUGAGGGGCUCUUAAUGUAGCUAUUAAUGUCAUCGUUAUUUUCUACUAUAUAUCAGAACUAGGAAUAGAAAUGGCUUUAUAUUCCAUAUGAUAGAUUGUAUUAAUGUUUAAUUCUUUAUUGUGUUUAUUCACCAUCACCAUCAU